CAAAUACAUAUAGUCUAUAUUUACACACACACAUAUAUACUCUACCUAUAAAUAUGCGUCCAGGAUAUGGAACCUUUAUCUUCUGCUUCAUCCUCUAUAGGUAUUGGAAGCUUGGAUUGAGUUUCUGAAAGGAUGUCUAUGACAGUGGAGAUAAGAGUUCCAAACUUGGAUUGUGAAGGAUGUGCUUCUAAGCUUAAGAAGACUAUACUCAAGAUCAAAGGAGUGGAAGAAGUGGAAGUAGAGAUGGAAACUCAAAAAGUGACGGCUCGAGGAUACCGGUUAGAGGAGAAGAAGGUAUUGAAAGCGGUACGACGUGCCGGUAAGGCAGCUGAACCAUGGCCAUACCGGUUAGGUAAUAGCCACUUUGCGUCUUUCUAUAAAUAUCCUUCUUAUGUGACCAACCACUAUUACUCCGAUGCACACCGUACCGAUCCCACCGGUGGUGUUCACACUUUCUUCCACACUCCGGCCGUUUACUCCGUCGCUGUGGCCGGCGAUGAGAUUGCUGCUUCAAUGUUUAGCGAUGAUAAUCCCCAUGCUUGUACCAUUAUGUAAUCCUUUUUCUUAUUCUAUAUAUUUAUACAGAAAUUUUUCUUUGCAUCUUUCUAUAACGGAGAGAUCCCAAACCCCAAACCGAAACUGAGAAAUUAGAUAUCUCCGGUACAUGUGCUAUUUAAGGUGUUCACAGUGGCCAACGAUUAGUUUUUUU